GCAGCAACAGCCUGUUAGCCUCCGUGCUACAGCCCGUGUGAGCCGCUGACGUUACCUCCCCUUGUGUUUGUGGAAAAAAAAAGAAAGAUAGAAGAUGGCGACCAGCUCAGAGCGCAGUCCUCCUCCGUUCCCCGACUCCGAGGACCAAGAUGUGCUGGACUCCGAAGACGUCGGAGGCCGAGACAGUGAUGAAGAGGACGGGGAGGAUCUCUUCCUCAGCCCGAGCGACCCUCCUCUGGUCGACAUGGACACCACACUGCCUCCUGCCAAUCAACCUAGUGAUGUUUUAAUGACGCCUCCCACAGACAUCAUGAAUGAUCCAUUAUUCGAGCCUGUCAGCAGCCAAACAGAAAUCAAAUCAGCAGGUGAAGUUGUCAGUGAACCCUCGGAUGAUUUUGUUGACCUAACAAACAACGUAACUGAAGAGGCUGCUGACAAUGUUGCCGCUGCAGCUAAAGACAUGGCUGUAUUCUCUUUAGAUGAACCCUCGGAUGAUUUUGUUGACCUACUGGGAAGUGAAACUGAGGCGCUGCGAGAGGAAGUGGUGAUAGUAGAUGUUACUGCUGACACAGUAACGGAUAAAAGUGAAGUGACAGGCUGUGAGACAGAUCCACCUGGCGACGGGAAACAGGAAGUAGAAGAAACUUCCACUGCUGCAGUUAUUGACAUCAUUGGUAAUUCAGGUGGUGAAUCAGACAGCAACACACAACAGCCACCUGGCAUUGACAAAUUCGUUGACCCUCUGGUUGAUCUACUCAUUGAUACUCCACCUCCUGAUGAGGCCAAAAAACCCAGCAUGGCAACAAUUGACUUGUUCAAUGAGGAUGAGGGAAGCGACCUGUUUGCAGACCCGCUGCUGACUACAUCUGCCAAGCAGCCACAGAAGAGCCUCUUCGGUGAACACGACGAGGAUCUUUUUGGUGAGCCGCUGGGUGCCACGUCAAAGAAAACCAUCAAUAAAGAGCAGAAGGCGAAAACUGUCACAACCAAAGCUGCUGCUGCCGAUGGUGGCAUCAACAUAACUGGGCCUCUGCAAGAGAUCAACCCUGUGGAGCCUGGGGAUAUCUUCACCGAAGAAGCCAUCACCACUGCACCCAGUGUCAGCAACACUAGCACCGUCAACUCCAAGACCAACGGAGUCCACUCUGAAGAGGAGUCGGACAUGUUCGGUGAAGCCACAGUGGAACUUUCUCUUGACAGCCCACGCAGUGAAAGGAAGAAGGAGGUGACAGCCAAACCGUCUGCUCCCGCCCCCUCUCUGUCAGCUGCUGCCAGCCUUGCCAAGUCACAGUCUGCUGCCCUCGAGGAGAUGGAUGAAGAGGAAGAAGAGGAGCAGGAAGACAAAUUUGACAUCUGUGUCUCUGUCAAAGACCCUGAAAAAAUAGGUGAUGGGAUGAAUGCUUACAUGGCCUACAAAUUAUCCACACAGACCACACUGCCCAUGUUCCGCAACAAAACCUUUACAGUGAGGCGACGCUUCAGCGACUUCCUCGGCCUCUAUGAGAAGCUUUCUGAAAAACAUGGACCAAAUGGCUGCAUUGUGCCUCCGCCACCAGAGAAGAGCAUCCUGGGUAUGACAAAGGUGAAAGUAGGAAAGGAAGAUUCCUCAUCUGCGGACUUUGUUGAGAGAAGAAGAGGUGCUUUGGAGCGGUACCUCCAGAGGGUGGUUAAUCACCCAUCGCUUCUCCAAGAUCCAGAUGUCAGAGAGUUCCUGGAGAGAGAGGAGUUACCCAGAGCAGUGGGCACCCAGGCUCUGAGCGGCGCCGGCUUCCUGAAAAUGAUAAACAAAGCAACAGAUGCUGUCAGUAAAAUGACCAUCAAGAUGAACGAGUCAGAUGUGUGGUUUGAGGAGAAGCUGCAGGAGGUGGAGUCUGCAGACCAGCAGUUCAGGAAGCUCCACGCUCUGGUCGAAUCCCUGGUCGUCCACAGGAAAGAGCUGUCCUUGAACACAGCGAGCUUUGCCAAGAGUACAGCCAUGCUGGGCAGCGCAGAGGACAACACGGCUCUGUCCCGAGCUCUGUCCCAGCUGGCAGAGGUGGAGGAUAAAAUGGAGCAGUUGCACCAGGAUCAGGCCGCAAACGACACCUUCAGCUUCGCCGAGCUCAUCGCUGACUUCAUCCGUCUGCUCGGAGCCGUGAGGGGGUCGUUUGAUCACCGGAUGAAGGCGUGGCAGCGUUGGCAGGAUGGUCAGGCCAUGCUGCAGAAGAAGAGGGAGACCGAGGCCAAACUGCUGUGGGCCAACAAACCCGACAAACUGCAGCUGGCCAAAGAGGAGAUCGCUGAGUGGGAGGCCAAAGUGACGCAGUAUGAGAGAGACUUCGACAGAGUCUCUGCUACUGUGAGAAAGGAGGUUGUUCGCUUUGAGAAAGAAAAGGCCAAAAAUUUCAAACAACAGAUAAUCAAGUACUUGGAAUCCAUGCUUCAGUCUCAACAACAGCUGAUUAAGUAUUGGGAGGCUUUCUUACCAGAAGCAAAAGCAAUCGCAUAAUCCUCGAGCCCCAGCCUUUUGGACGACGCAACAGGCUGCCUUCUUCUUAUACACUUUACCUCUUUUGCCUUUAAACCAAGGAGAUCGCGUGCAUUGUAAAGGGAGAUACAAUCAACCUGUUUUUUUAAUCACCUUUAACACAACAGCUCUGUAUUCUAUUGUAUUAAUAAUUGUAUAUUUCCAUAUAACCUUUCACAAAUAUUUUCUUACUAGAUGAAAAGAGUAUGCAUAUACAAAGAUAUGGACGCUAUGAGAGGAGAUAAAAGUGUAGAUGAAUGAUUCCAUUGAUUUCCACACGAGGAGAAGGGAAAUGAACCGAGUGCGUCGUUGUUCUCAGGAUUUUCUCCCUCACGUGAACAGGAGCUCCCUCACUUCAGCAGUGGUUAAUCGUUUACAGUGCGGCCGCUCUCUCAUCACUUUUUUCUGGGGACCCAGAUGAUGAAAGUGGCCAAGAACCUAUUUUUUUUUCUUUUUCUUUCAAAUGAUUUAAAGGGAUAAAAUAUCAGAUUGAGAUAUAAGAGUUAUGAGCACUUCCACCAGGUGGAUUAAGUACUUCUCUAAGUACUUUUCUUUCAGAUUUGAAAUACUAUUGAUGCAGCGGGGAUCGGGUGUCGGGUAAAGAGGCAUUAGAUUAGUUAAACUCUACAGCUGUGGGUUGCAUUGUUCUGUUGGUGAAGCUUGUGGGUUUAAUGUUUUAGGAUUUGAUUUAAGUCAUUGUAAAAAAGAAACAACACAUUUCUGUGCCUUUUUCAGUCUAAAUGGUGUUUUUGUCUCCAGACGCCUAAUUAAAUCUGGUUUGGUGGAAAGAUGUAAAGAUGAUGUUAUUUCCACAGCAGCCAUAAUGACGUGAGCGUCAGGGCUGGGGUUCAAGAAUGAAACUGGUGUUUUAGUCACAGUUAAGUCCGUUAACUUCGGUUUGUUCUUCUUUAGUUGUUUUUCUUCGUUCUCGUCAGCGUUUGGAUUCACAUUGACAUGCAGAGACUUGAAACAGGUGAAUUCUCACAGCGAUGUCACGUCUGAGGUCAGAGCUGCAUCAUUGUUCUGUGGUGGUAAUGAACAGUGUCUUUAAGGCAUCACCAGGCAAUGGUGAGUGCAGACAUGUUCUCACUUUGUGGAUUAGCCUCAAGUUUCAAGCCCGACCAAGCAGAGCAGUGUGUAGCCUCAUGGAUGUGAUGCUACUGCAAAACAUGGUUGGUAGUCACGUCCUAGAAUACCAGGGCUGCAAGAAUACUUUCGUUAUCGGUUAUGUUGUUGAUUAAUUGAUAUAUUUUCAUUUGUUUAUUCUAUAAAUAUAUGAUCAUGAAAAAUACUAGAUAUCCCAGAGCCAUGAAAUCUUGUUUCAUCAGCAUCUUUCCAAAACCCAAAGACAUUUAAAGGUCCCCUGUGGAGUUUUACCAGGAAAAGAGUUAGAGAGAAGUGAUUUUCUUUUGUUUUUUUUGUGGGUCUUGGUUUUUAUUUAGUAUCUCACACAGUCACAAGCUGCCAAGAAACAGCAGUGUGCCAACACAGGUGAAGAAUCCAACUCUUGAGCCAACCAUGACAGAUCUAAAUAAAACUGGCUCUGCAGUGUUUUCCAAGAUCCACUUUGUGCUCUGGUGAGAAACCACGAAUCUAUACACGAUGUUGUUUACAAAAAAAUCCACAGGGCGUCUUCUAAUCUACAGAUACAAUACGGAACAAAUAUGCAAAUCGGCACUAUUAGGGAAAGUGGUAACAGUUUGGUAUUUUUGAUUAAUUUUUUUUAUUACUUCAAUGAUCAUUUCAAUAUCGAAAUACAUGAAUCAAUUCUGCACUAAGCAGUUCUGUCUGGUUUUGUCAAAUUGGCAGCAGCUAGUUGAAAAACCCCACUGGAAUUGUCCUUUAAAAAGCCCCAGAGCUGAGCUGCUGAUGUCGACCCCGUAGAAGUGAAAUUAACAUGAAGACCUUAACAUACUGAUGUCACAGUGGACCUAACACUUCUCAGUCCGCAGUUUGAUAACUGAGCUUCAACAUCAAACAGUAACAAACCCGCAUCGCAGCCUCACGUGACGGGGCUGACAUUGUAUAAUUAUCACAGUUUUAAUUUCACAUUUCCACACUUGAAACUGUGCAGCCGACACGUUUUAUCAUUUGUUGUCAUCAAGGCAUCACUACACUUGCAGACUUUAUUGUUGUGCUGUGUUUUUGGUUUGUGUGAUGGUUCGUUACAGGCUUGUUUUUCGCUGUUGCAUCCUCAUCCUCUGUCAUCACUCGCCAGUGAGCAUAGCAAUGUCAGCAACGUGCACUGUCAUAGAAACAUCUUUUAAAACAAAUCAAUAAAAGUUGCACUAUUUACACUCUGAGAUUUCAGUAAGAA